UUUUUACUUAGUUUAGUUCGGCAGUCUUUAAAUUAAAUUUUCUUCACUUUCCGUGUGACAAUCUGGUCUGUGUUAAAUCUCGUGAUGACGACACAAGAUAUAUCGCAUUUGCUUUUUCGUUUCAAAACACUCAGCAAUGGCGGACGCGAAGCCCAUGGUUAUGUGGAAGUGUGGUAUUUUUUAAUUCCUUAGCUAUAUCUUUCAAAAACAACAUUUUUAGUAAAAAGGAAUGUUUUUUUCUUUAUUAACUAUAUUUUACUUACCUAUUAAGCACAGCUUGUUUUUGCUCGGGAGGAAACCUUUAACUUCAUAUUUAAGGGAAAGUUUAGCUGGAAGUCACUCUACAACAACAGUUUUGUUAUUUACAUUAUAGAUUCUUAUAAAAAUUGUGUCUAAAGAAAACGCGUUUAAGCUCAAAAUGCAACAAGGAACUAAAAAUUUAAAGGAAAAGUUGAGCUCUGAAAGUUAAAACGGUUAAAAAAUCGUUACACACCUAAACUUAUCUCUUUACCAGAUAAACUAAACAACACACCUACCUUUCUUUGGCUUUCUCAGUUGGCCUCAUCGUGCGCACACACACACAAGGCGUAUUAAUAUAUAGAUAAAAAUUUUGAACAUGCUCACGUGAUUCAAAUACAACAAAUAUAUCAUCAACAUAUCACCUUAUAAUAGAUCGGCUUAAAUUCAGACGGACAAUUUUCAAGCCAAACAUUUGCAUAAUGAAACAUAAAAAUAUUGACCAGUGUAGUAGAGAAAUUGUACCUUCACUAAUAAAAUUCUACCUGGAUCCCAUUGAUCCAGGGUAACUGUGAUAUGUGCACAGGUAGGAGUUAGUUUUAUUAUGUUUAAAAUAAGCCAUAACAGGAUGGUGACAGUCAGAGUAAGCAAAUAAUUAGGCUGUGGUGUCCUAUAUAGGUCAUCUACCUACAGUACUGUGGAAAGGUUUGUUAACAUCUUGGUUCGUGUUUAUUCCAUGUUAUGCACAAACCACGAUAGCCCACGAUACUUAUUUUUUUAACAAUUGUGGCCUUCACAAUCAUGUAUUUAGAUUACACAAUUUAAUAAUUUCUGUGCUAAGUUCCAUUAUUUGAAGCAACAAAACCACCCAUUUGGGUUGGCUGAUAAGUUGUGAAUAUGUAGUUCAAAUAUAUUAACAAUAUUUGGUCAGGCAAUUUAUGACGAAGGUGCAUUUGAUCCAUGUUGCUGUUCUGUGAUUUACAGUAAUUUCAGCAUAAUUACAUUGGUAAGUUUUUAAUUGCCUAGCUAAACCAUAAAUGACCUAAUUUAACUAAUUAAGGUGCUGUAAAAUAAUUAGAUAUUUACUCUGACUGGCUAGAUAUCUACUGACCACCAUUGAAAAUAUGUCAUAUUGGGUCCUGAAGUCUUCACAAAAAUGGGUCAGUCAACUGGAUUUUCCCUGCGAUUUUUCAAAUAGGUGAUAUUAAUAUUUUUUUUUGUUUUGAACAAAAUUCUUUGAUUUUACUUUACAUCUGUUGUUUAGGUGUUAUUAGCAGUUUAAUACUAAAAUGCAUGAACAUGUCCAUUGUUUUAAACAUAAACAGAGUUCGAAUUAGCAGUUCGCAAUUUGCGAAUCUAAAUGUUAUUUUUGCGAAUCACUUUGCAAAGAAAAUGAUAAAAUUGUGAAUCGAAUAUUUUUAUAUAUAGGUGAAUAUUUAUCAUAGCACAUCAGUAUUUCAUUCUCAACAGAGAAUGUUUUACCCUGAUCAGACCUCUGAUCAUGACGGGCGAUUAGAAUGCGUGUAAGUCAUAUUGAAGAAGAACUACUUUGUUCAUCACUAACAUCUGCCAAGCAGUGAGCAGGAUUCGAUCCGUGGUCCCCAGAACUGGGAGCCGCAGAAGAACCCACUACACUACGUGCAGCAAUAUGUUAGUGAUGAACUCAGAUAGUUUUUCCGGAUGGUGUUGAGAAUGAAAUACGGAUGUGCUAUGAUAAAUAUUCACCUAUAUGUAUACACACCAUCAAAGAGACUCCAUGAACACUAAAUAAAACCUAUAACUUAUGAAUUGGCAGUUUAACAAAGCCAAUCGUUAAUUUCUUGUUUUUAAAAAGAACAAAUUAUUGUUUGCUUUACUUUGCACCUCAAAAUUGCAUGUUUUUUUUACUCUGACAGCCCUGAAUUAUCAAAUAAGUGAGAAAUGUAGCAGUUGGAACUUUAAAAUUUAACUCUUAAGUGACAAGGAAAUAUUCCCUUGAAUGAUGGCACAAAAAUCCUGAUUACAGUCUUACAAAUUUAACCUUAUGAUAUUGAUAGGAUGGAUGCAGAAAAUAUAGAUGAAAAAAUUGAAGAAACAGCAGCAGUAACACAUCGGAUUGUGCACAUAGAUUUAAAAGGUGCACCACCAAAAAUAAGUUACCUGCUGAAAUUGAUACCGCUAUUUCGACAAUGGGGUGCUACUGGCAUACUAAUAGAAUAUGAAGAUAUGUUUCCAUUCCGUGAGUCCUUAUCGAUGCUUUCUAAGCCUUACGCUUAUACAACUGAUGAUUUGAGAUCACUACAGGAAGUGACCAAAGCAGAAGGGAUGGUGUAUGUACCUUUAUUGCAAUCGUUUGGCCAUGUGGAAUUUAUCUUGAAGCACCAGGAAUUUCGAUAUUUACGUGAGGCAACUAUGAAUCCAAUGUCACUUUGUCCCACACAUAAAGAUUCUUUGCCAUUAAUUGAAAAAAUUGUUGAUCAAUACAUGCAGGAACACAAUGACUUGGAAUAUUUACAUAUAGGUGGGGAUGAAGUAUUCUGUUUGGGGCUCUGUAAAGAAUGCUUGGAAACUCAACAAUCAAAUGCAAAACUGUUUUUGAGCCACAUGAUGCCAUUAAUAAAAGUGAUUGAGGCAAAGUACCCUGCAAUAAAAAUAAUUAUUUGGGAUGAUAUGUUUCGCGAAUUUUCUGUACCAGACUUAGAAAUGUUAGGACCUACCGUUAUUCCAAUGGUUUGGUCUUAUGUUGAUGACUUGACCAACCAAUUUCCAUCAAACAUGUGGGGUCGCUACGGUGAUGUUUUUGAUGAAAUAUGGAUUGCUAGCUCAUUCAAAGGCUCAUCUGGGCCUGUGUGUGAUAUGGUUCCCAUACAACAUCAUGUUAACAACCAUCUAUCAUGGUUAUCUUUAAUUGAAAGCUUAGACUCGAACAUUAAAAACAAAAUUAAAGGCCUUGCAGUCACUGGCUGGUCCCGUUAUGAUCAUUUUGCUACCUUAUGUGAAAUUCUUCCUAUUGCUCUUCCCUGUCUUGCAUUGUGUUUGCAGAUUUUUAAAGAAAAGCGUUUUACAAAACAACUGCACGAAAAUGUGUCUAAACAAAUCGGGUAUUUAAGUCUAAUCCCAUUCAAUAAUAUAAACACUCGUUAUGACAUUACUUGUGGUAAUUUUCCAGGGUCUGAACUGGUUAUUUACAUGUCUCAGCUAGAACUUGUGAAGCAUCAAAUCAUGGCAGCUCAGGAGCGUCUUGAUGGGUGGAUUGAUUCAUGGCAUGUUGAUGUAGUUAAAAAGAUAAAUUAUGGACAUUUGGAGUACAUAUCCUCUCUUCUCAACCGAUCAAUAAGCAGUUAUGAAGCAAUUCGAAGUCCCUUGCUUGAAUGCUUAUCAUAUCAUUUUUAUGAAGAAACCAUUCAGGAAUUUGUCAAAGUUAAAGUGGAUUCUAAAUUAAAAAAAGCAAUGGAUCUCUUAACAAAAGUUCAGUCUGUCGAAAGUGUAUGUUGUAGUCAAUAGAAUUUUUUAUAGCCUUUACUCUUAAGUAAAUUUAUUGUGCAUUCUGUUUUUUAAACUAACAUGACAGGGUAUUAAAGUUAGGAAAGUCUGUAUUAUUUUAUACACUGUUAAUGCUUCUGUAUAAGCCAGGGCAUCGUAAAUUAAUUUAUUUCUUCAAUGGAAAAGUAAAAUAUUAUAAUGAACAAAACGAAGUCUACUGUCAAUAAAACCCUGAUGUUAAAGAUUCAAUUAGUUUUUAAUCCAGUACUGUCAUGAGUACUGAUUAAAAACUAAUUGAAUCUGAAGUUUUUCAUCCUACUUGGACCUUGUUUGAUAUAUGCUUCAAGUUGCUUAUAACUUUAUCUGUGACAUAACAACGUAUACAAGUGUAUUAUAUAUGACAAAAAAUAUACUUACACCAGACAUUAAAAAAUGCUGUAAUUUUAAAUAUGUGAUGAGUCAAUUUGAAACUUUAAGUUACAUUUUUCGAUAUAUACUACUAUGGUGAUUGUUUAGUUUUAGGAUUUGAUGAUGCACUAGCUUACAAAAAAGAGAGAUGUUGUUCAAUUAAUAAUAGGAUUUUUGGAACUUUUUUUUCUGGCUUUGCUCACAUAUAUUCUCCAUCAUUUUUACAGCCUUGCCUUUGAUAAAAAAAGCUAAACACCAGUCCCUUCCAUCAUGGAAAGUUUUUAAUAGUUUGUAUUGGAAUAAUGUAAAUUUUAUGUAUAUCUUGCUAACUGAGCAUUAUACCCGAAAAUUUUUGUGUUAAAAGUACAAAGUACAAACACAAAGAAUUGUUUUUUUUAAAAUGUUAGAGAAUAAAAAGUUACUUAUCAAGCCUUGGUAUUUUAAGUUCUCUUUUUGCUCUUAAGAUAAUUUAGCUUUAAAGAUUCUAUUUUCGCAUCCCAUGUUUUCUUUAUUGAUGAUGUAUGAAUAAGUUGGUUGGCAUAUAUAUUUUAUAAUAUCUUGGGAAGGUACACAUGUAAUAUUUUUGCAGCGUGGACUACCAUUGAUAUUUAGACAUUAGAAAAAUUUGGAUGUUUAUUAUUGAUCUUAUCUUUAAUUGGAGGAAAAAUUGCAAUGUCAGCAUUUU